CCCGCCCCCCAGAUCCCGCCCCUCGGCUCUUGGCUCUUGCAGGGGGAAAAGGAGGCGCAUGCGCACUUCGUGUUAGUGAUGGAGGAGAGAAGAUGGCGGAAGCGGAGUUUAAGGACCACAGCACAGCUAUGGAUAGUGAGCCGAGCUCUGGAACAUCCGUGUCAACAACAGCCAGCAGUACCACCACCACCACCAUCACCACAUCCUCCUCCCGAAUGCAGCAGCCACAGAUCUCUGUCUACAGCGGGUCAGACCGACAUGCUGUUCAGGUAAUUCAGCAGGCCUUGCAUCGGCCCCCCAGCUCGGCAGCUCAGUACCUGCAGCAGAUGUACGCGGCUCAGCAGCAGCACCUGAUGCUGCACACGGCUGCUCUGCAGCAGCAGCACCUAAGCAGCUCGCAGCUCCAGAGCCUUGCGGCUGUCCAGGCAAGUUUGUCCAGUGGAAGACCAUCUACAUCCCCCACAGGCAGUGUUACACAACAGUCAAGUAUGUCCCAGACAUCUAUCCUGUCCGCUUCUCCUGCACCUGCUCAGCUGAUGAACCGCUCCCAGACGUCCAGUUCUACCAGCGGCAGUAUUACCCAGCAGACUAUGCUACUCGGGAGUACCUCUCCCACCCUAACUGCCAGCCAAGCCCAGAUGUAUCUCCGAGCUCAGAUGCUGAUUUUCACACCUGCUACCACUGUGGCUGCUGUACAGUCUGACAUCCCUGUUGUCUCGUCGUCACCGUCACCUUCCUGUCAGUCUGCAGCUGCUCAGGUUCAGAAUUUAACCUUACGCAGCCAGAAGCUGGGUGUCUUAUCUAGCUCACAGAAUGGCUCACCAAAAAGCGCUGGUCAAACCCAGUCCUUGACAAUUUGCCAUAAUAAAACAACAGUGACCAGUUCUAAAAUCAGCCAACGAGACCCUUCUCCAGAGAGCAAGAAGGGAGGAAGCCCAGGUCUGGAAUCUCGGAGCACGGCCGUCACUCGGACAUCAAGCAUCCACCAGUUAAUAGCACCAGCUUCAUAUUCUCCAAUUCAGCCUCAUUCUCUAAUCAAACAUCAGCAGAUUCCUCUUCAUUCACCACCUCCUAAAGUUUCCCAUCAUCAGCUGCUAUUACAACAGCAACAACAGCAAAUUCAGCCAAUCACCCUUCAGAGUCCAAGUCAAGAUCCACCCCCAUCCCAGCACUGUAUCCCACUCCCAAACCAUGGCCUUUCUCCGGCUCCCAGUAAUGCCCAGCCGCAGCAUUGCUCCCCAGUUCAGAGCCAUCCUCCGCCUUUAACUGUGUCUCCCAACCAGGCACAGUCCGCACAGCAGUCUGUAGUGGUGUCUCCUCCCCCCCCUCAUUCCCCAAGUCAGUCUCCUACUAUAAUUAUCCAUCCACAAGCACUUAUCCAGCCACACCCUCUUGUGUCUUCAGCUCUUCAAACAGGGCCAAAUUUGCAGCAGGCUGCUGCUGAUCAGGUACAGUCCACCGCACAGCUGAAUCUUCCAUCCCAUCUUCCACUUCCAGCAUCCCCUGUUGUACACAUUGGCCCUGUCCAGCAGUCUGCCUUGGUGUCCCCUGGUCAGCAGAUGGUGUCCCCAACAUCACACCAGCAGUAUUCAGCCCUACAGUCCUCUCCAAUUCCCAUCGCGACCCCUCCACAGAUGUCGGCAUCUCCUCCAGCUCAGCUCCCACCACUGCCCUUGCAGUCUAUGCAGUCUUUACAAGUGCAGCCUGAAAUUCUAUCCCAGGGCCAGGUUUUGGUGCAGAAUGCUUUGGUGUCAGAAGAGGAGCUACCUGCUGCAGAAGCUUUGGUCCAGUUGCCAUUUCAGACUCUUCCUCCUCCACAGACUGUUGCGGUAAAUCUACAAGUACAGCCGCCAGCACCUGUUGAUCCACCAGUGGGAAUGCAUUUGAACCAGUGUCAUCUGCACAAAGUUUUUUCUCUUAAGGUUUAUCAAGUAGAAGAUGUGUGUGAGGAAGAAAUGCCAGAGGAGUCCGAUGAGUGUGCAAGGAUGGACAGAACCCCCCCACCCCCCACCUUGUCUCCAGCAGCUGUCACUGUGGGGAGGGGAGAGGACUUGACAUCCGAACAUCCUUUGUUAGAGCAAGUGGAGUUGCCUGCUGUGGCCUCAGUCAGUGCUUCCGUGAUCAAGUCUCCAUCAGACCCCACCCAUGCCUCUGCUCCUGCACCUCCCCUCUUAAUCCCUGCUGCCUCCACCAGGAGCAGCAGCACUUCUCUGGCCAGCAGCACUCCCAGCCUGGAAAACAAGCCUCCACAGGCUAUUGUGAAACCACAGAUUUUGACCCACGUUAUAGAAGGCUUUGUGAUUCAGGAGGGGCUGGAGCCGUUUCCUGUGAGUCGAUCAUCACUGCUGAUAGAACAACCUGUGAAGAAGAGGCCUCUCUUGGAUAAUCAGGUGGUAAACUCUGUGUGUGUCCAGCCAGAGUUACAGAAUAACACAAAGCAUGCAGAUAACUCAUCCGACACAGAGAUAGAAGACAUGAUGGCUGAAGAGACAUUGGAAGAAAUGGAUAGCGAGUUACUCAAGUGUGAAUUCUGUGGAAAAAUGGGAUAUCCUAAUGAAUUUUUACGGUCCAAACGAUUCUGUACUAUGUCAUGUGCCAAAAGGUACAACGUUAGCUGUUCUAAAAAAUUUGCACUUAGUCGUUGGAAUCGUAAGCCUGAUAAUCAGAGUCUUGGGCAUCGGGGCCGUCGUCCAAGUGGCCCUGAAGGGGCAGCAAGAGAACAUAUCCUUAGGCAGCUUCCAAUUACUUAUCCAUCUGCAGAAGAAGACGUGGCCUCUCAUGAAGAUCCUGUGCCUUCUGCUAUGACGACCCGUCUGCGAAGGCAGAGCGAGCGGGAAAGAGAGCGAGAGCUUCGGGAUGUGAGGAUUAGGAAGAUGCCUGAGAAUAGUGACUUGCUCCCAGUCGCACAGACUGAGCCCUCCAUAUGGACAGUCGACGACGUCUGGGCCUUCAUCCAUUCUUUGCCCGGCUGCCAGGACGUUGCAGAUGAGUUCAGGGCACAAGAGAUUGAUGGGCAGGCCCUGCUCUUGCUAAAAGAAGACCAUCUCAUGAGUGCAAUGAACAUGAAGCUGGGCCCAGCCCUGAAGAUUUGUGCACGCAUCAACUCUCUGAAGGACUCUUAACAGGAGCGAGGCUUUGUGCUUCUCAGCCCAUUCCUCUCACAAGGUGAAGGUAAAGCCUCGCUGGGAUUCUCUCCUGAGAAUAUCAGACUGAUGGAGGAAGGCCGAGUGCACUGGGACCGCCACGGCCAGUGCCGACGUUUCUCUUCAGAUGUCCUAACUCAUCAUACAUUUUCAUAAUUAGUGAACAUCGGUGACAUUAAUUUUACCACUUACAUGCUACACUGAAAGACUUGUUACAGAGGCCCAUAUUUUUCAAAGAAACAUGUUAUACUAGAUAAUUUUUUAAAGGUAAUGUUUAUCAUUAAUAUAAAAAAACCUUUUAAAAAUAAUUAUUGAUUUACACUCCCCCUCCUUUAAUUCUCUUUUCUUAUACGUUUUCCUACCCAGUUAGUUUUCUAAAUGUUGUCAUAGAGAUAUAGGAUAAUUUAGGAGCCCAUUGACAGAACUGAAUGCAAUGAAAUGCCAGUCUGUUUUAAAAAGCGUAUCUUCCAGACAAAUGCUUUGGCUGUGAAAAGGGAUUGUGUUUUAGCAUAAACAGUAUUUUUGAAGUUCUCAAGAGUCUCUAGUCUAGCCUUUACCCAGGUUGGCAUGACUGACAAUUUUCCUCCUGGUUUGUACAUUAAGAGCAAUAGUUCUCAGUGGAGAACUUGUCCUCCAGGGGACAAUUGGCAAUAUCUAGACACAUUCUGGUUGCCAUGGCUUGGGCUUGAGUUUUGUGAGGGUGGUUAUAGGAACUGAGGUGUGACAGCCAGUGGAGAUGUUGCUGACUACCCUACAGUACAUAGGAUGCCCCUCUGUCACCAGGAACGAUGUAUUAUGGAUGCCAGUGGUGCCAGUGAGCACAGUGGGCAGCCUGGCUGAGCAGAGAGGCAUACUUAAGUGAUGGCUGUGAGGAGGGCGAUGUGCAGUGAAGGGUUAGCCAGUGGCACCAGAGUUCUGCAGAAGCAGGUUUUGGUUUUACCGUAUACUAGAAAGGAAAGGAAAUCCAUAAACCUGGGCUAUAAAACCAGGCUAACUCACAGACCAUGUGACUCUGGUGUGGCCCUGGCCCAUUGUCACCUCUUCCUGACUCUGUUCUGUGCACCGAUGAUGGUGCUUGAUGCAGCCAUGCCUCGGAGCCUCUUUCAGCAGCCCAGUGGCAGUGGAGGUGGAAUCCCUUCCUUGAAGCAACCCUGCUGAGUCUGGCUAGAAUGCAGUUCUUUCUCCCUUACUAAGGCUGUGGAUUCUUCCCACGAAGUAUUUAAAGUGAUUUCUCUUAAUCAGAAGUUUUUAUUCAACAGUUUUCUGUUAGGACACUAAGCCAAAUUUUUCUGUGGAUGCUCUGAAAUCUUUGUAGUGCUGGGCAUCAAAAGAUUUGCUGACAUUGUUUGCUUUCUCUAUCUUUUUGCUACAUGUUUGAGAACUCUGAACAAAUGAAGGGACAUGUGCAUAGCCUUGGCACAGAUGGAAAAGACAGCAGAGUCUGAGCUCAGUCAUCUUUAUGGCGCUUUUCAGAGAUUGGGUUGAGUUAGUAGAAGACUAAAAGAUGUCACAAAGACAUCACAGAUAAAUUUAUCUUUUGGCUUUGUGUACAUUAGAAAAUGUUGGUUAUUUUUAUACAGAAAUAUAGUGGAUAAUUUUUUUAAUCUUUAGAUGCCUCUUGUUUGAAUGUAUGCUUUGUGAGAUUAUUGCUGUAGUAGUUUUAAGAGCUGUUCACUAGUAGUCCUGUGUAGACUCAGAAUGUGUAAGUAGCUGAGGCUCCUGUUUCAGACUACAGUAGUAUAGGCUACGUUCCCUAUUUCUUUGUGUCACAUUUGGUUAUUCACAUUUCAAGGAAGGCAGGUAUUCUACAGUCACCUGCAUAUAUUAGUACUGAGUCAUCAUGGCAGAGUUGUCACGGACGUUCCUGUCUCCAACAGAGGCUGGCUAUGCAGCACUAAGGACUGCCUGCCAUAAUGAAGGAGGCACAAGGCACAUUUCCUCUGGAAUGAAAACUAUGGUGUAGUUAGUAAUCCACAGUGAAUAUGGGAUUGUCCAGAAUAGACCUCCAGCAAUAAUGCUUCCCUCCUACAAAUACUUACAUCUAGCCUUUAAGGCAUUAACUCUGCACUUGUACUAAAACCAGCCCAUCGUGUGCUUAUGAGAAACCCCUGUGCCUAGCACUGUCCAUAAGCACCCCUACACAGUUUACACGAAGGGUUUCUCUUGGAGGAUGCCUUCUUGUCCUUCGUCUUAGAAGUAGCCCAGAUCUUCUGUUGUCUGCACUUAAAUUUAACUAGCAAAUACACUUUUUUUUUUACAAGUGGGUUAUUUUAUUUAGAAGUGGCUCAUUUGGUGUUUGGUAGUUCUCCCAUUGCUGUAGGUACUUCUUUCUAGGUAAUUUUUAAUUGUGCUAAUUUGAAAGCUUCAAUUACAUUAAAUGGGGACACACUCUGUGUUUCUCUCUAUCUCCUGAGUAUUAGGCUGUUCAAUGUGACAUGGACAGGAAGAACGCUAGUUUCAUUUCCUUUCUUAUUACUAAGCACUUAAGAACUUUCUUAGAGGAAAAAAAGAAAAAGACAGGAAGGGAACAUGGUUUCUUCCUAUUGUUGCUUUCUGAGUUUGCCUUGCCUGACUUGAAACCCUUCAACCACUGUGGGACACACUUUUCACAUGUUAUUUGUUUUAAGUUCUGUGUUCUUAGGAAAAUAAACAGCUGGCUUGUAAAAGUUACUUUAAACUUAGACGCUUUGCAUACACACAUGUAAGGCACAGUGACACAGCUUUAUCAGCAAAGCAGGGAAUGCUGCCUUCGCACCUGACACCUUCCGUGACAGUGACUAAUGGAUGGGCAGAGUCACUACCUGGGAGUAGAGAUGCCAGAACAAGAGGAGAGCGUGUUGGUAAAGCAGCUAGAGUGUGGCAGAGCAGACGGGGCCUCUUCCUCUGCUCAGUUCAUUAAUCAGGGCAACCUGACUUUCUGUGUUUCUGUGCUGCUUUCCUCUUUGUUUCUUGUGUUGGAAGACUGGUGUGUGAGACUGUAUUGUUACCAUGCCUUUGAGUAACUAUUCACAGUCAGUCUUCAUAUAUUAAGUGCAUCUAUUUAUAAACACAAAUCUUGGAUUGAAAUCUUUCAGAGGACUCAUUUUCUCACAAGCUUGUUAGGUUGUGUGUCUCAGCACCUGUGUCCAGUAUAUGAAAUCUCUGACUGGGAAUACUCUAAAAGCACUUCAGACAUGUUCUCAGCUAGAGAGGCUGACUAAGUGUUGUAGUUUGAAGACUUGGGGAAUGCCAGCAACACUUGCUGCUGACUGGUACUUUCAGCAUGUGAUGGCCUCACCUCCUUUCCUGCACUGAGUCCCAUCUACCUCCAACCCCACCUCCAACCCCACCUCCAAUAAAGUACACAGACUUUCUUAGUUUUUUACAUGGGGUUGGGUUGCAUCCUGGCUUGGAGAGCUUCAGGCUGUUGUACUAGGGCGGGCCUUUAUAACUUCACCAGUUGUAUUUCAAUCAAAGUCUUAUCCAUCUAUGCAAUCAUUUCCUAGUUUCUUGUGUACCAUAUGUCUGUGUGACUUAUUCCUUGAAGGUUAUUUGAGAAGGGGAGUGGAAAGGGGAGUAAGCGACAGAUAGGAAGAUGAUAUUGCGACCUGAAUGAAGACGUUUAGCAUGAUGAUGGUCCUUAGUAGCUAGAUAUCCUUGGUGAUGGAUAGCGGGACAAGGUGUGUUGUUAGUUGUUUUGUUUGUUGGUGCUAGGGACUGAGUCAGGGCCUCACACGCCACCUGAGAUUGCAUACUGUAUUUUUUUUCUUGUUUGCCUAGACUAACCUGGAAUUGUGGUCCUCUGACCUUCUCUCAAGUGCUAGAACUUAAUAUCUGUGCCACCAUGCCAAACCUAGCCCCUAUGGUUUUAACUUGUCAAGAUUUGGUUAAAAUCAAAUUAGGUAUUUCUCUUUAUCACCUGUCCCUGCUCUGAGGAGUGUUGAUAUUAAUAGUACCACUGGUACCCAAGUUGAGUAAUCCUGGAUUUUUGAAGAUGAUAAUCAGAGGGAGAGAAUCUGUCAAAAUGUAGGAGUUUGUUAUGAUCGAGUGGCCAGACUACAGAGGCAUAUCCAGUCAGAUAUGACAGUUGGCUCAGUUUUGCAGCCAGUCAUAAAGGGAAGGAAGGCACUGCAGGACAGUUGCUGACUGGUGGACUCCAGUAAGCCCAAGCCCACUUAUUUUCUUGGCGUAAAGCAGAAUGACCCGUGACAUGAACUGUUCCAACUCCAGGCUUCAGUACUGAUAUGUCACUCCAUUCAGAGCGUUUUGUUUCAUAUCAAAGCUGGGUUUUGAGUUUAGCUGAGUACAAAUAAGUAUUAGGAAGAGUAAAUGUGUUUUGUUAUUCAAAUUUAACAAAUUGAACUCAUUGAACCAAGCCCUUAAGGAAUUCUCUGGGAAGAUAUUUCUGGUGUUAGAUUUUAAAAUGCAUUACCAUAUAGUUUAUAGUUGAAAUAAAAGCUGUUUUCCAAUUAAAAAUGUUGAAAAUGAUAUUGACAUUUUAAAAAGUGGCCUGAAAUGGUUAGCAGUUGUAUAUGCAGUUUUAGAGUUAAGUCUAUUUAUUUAGAGUUAAGUCUUAUCAGUUGUAUAUGCAGUUUUAGAGUUAAGUCUACUUGACAUUAUACUAAGAGAAAACUUUUCUUUUUGAAAGUUACAAGAUAUGAGUUUAUCUACAAUUAUUACCAUCAUGUUCUAGAGAAAAACCUUAGGAGGCCCCGCCCUCUGUUGACACGCACAGCUUCUCUACAGCAGAGUCUCAUUUGCACACACUCUGGCGAGUGCCAUACCUAAGGGAAAUUAUUUCCACAAGGGCUUUAUUUUCUUUCUCCUUUGAUAACUUGUGGACCUUUUAUUUUAUUUAAAAAUACAAUUUGAAUAUGGUGUUAGGCACAAAACGAGCUUCUAUAUAACUAUAUUUUAGGCAGAGGUCUUUCUGAAGCUUUUCAAGUGUAAACCUACUGCUGUCUAUGAUAUUCCUGAUAUUGGGCAUAAAUCUAUAGGACGAGAAAAUUUAAAGUAGUAUGUAAUGAAUGAAUUUUAAUUUAAAAAAUCAGUAUAAAUCUAAAACAUCAUUAUGCUAGCAUGGCAUGGUUUUAAUGAAAUGUAAGAGGGAUGUAGUUAAGUCCUUUAUAAUGUCUAACUUAGUUUCAGUCAUCAUCUUAGAUAUUCAUAGUAUCUAUUGCUUUUUGGCUUAAUGGAAUACAUCAGUGUUUUGUGGACCUUUCUCUGACAGUGGUGAACGAGUAGUGGAGAUUAGAACAUCAUUGAGGAAAACAUGAACCCACUGAGGGGACUUUUUAAAUCUUGCCUCAACUAAACUAAAUAUGUACAGUGUUUAAAUCCUUAUACAUAAUGCUUGUGUUAAAUGUUUUGGUAGUAUUAAAAGUGAGCAAAUUACAACUUUUCUUCAGGAGUGAGAGAUAAACACACUUGCUGCUGCAUUACUGUGCUGAGUGGAGAGGGAACAGAGAGGCUGGGAGACCUGGUGUUACUCCAGAUGGCCGGCAGCCCUGGGACUCGAUGGGCAGCUAUUUGGCUUUUUAUCUCAUUUCAACGUAGUGUGAUACCUGCACUGCCAAAUAGGCUGGUUUUGUUGUUGUUGUUGUUGUUUGCUUAAAUCAUUUUUAAAGGAACACCCUCCCCGAGCUUUAAAGUUACAAUCCUAAGCUACACAAUUGGGAUUCCCACGGGGCUGACCGACUGGCAAGUGAAUAUCAGCACCCAUGCACUUGCUCCUUCAUUUGUAAACUAUCUGAGCACUUGGCUUCUGUGUGCAAUAUAUGACCAAGAAAAUAACAAGUAAAGUCUUCCCAAACAAACUCAGUGCUGCUUCAGCAUCUAUGUCCGCACAGCCAGGAAUGAAUGGCAAUUAACCAGUAACGCCCUGCUCUCUGGGAGUGGGGGUUUAAUAACAUCCAAGUGCUAAACCGCACCACCACUCACAUUGUUCCCACCUGUGGGCCAUCUCCUUGACUGUUGACAACAGUAAGACUGCUUGCCCUGACCGGCUGUGAAACUCUUGUGACAGGCACUGUCAGGACAGUCCCUUUACGUGGUCUGUCUGUGGCAGGAUGCAAGAAGUCAAUGUGAAAUCAUUGUGCAUUUUUAGUUGCAAAAGUUUAUAUCCAGUAUUGAUAGUGGAAGAGUUUUCCAAAACAGAAUCAUCUGAAACGAGGCAGAGAACAGGUUGCUACGGCUGCUUUCUCCACAGUGCUGACUCUAUUGUAGUGUGUUAGAGACAGCCACUUCUCAAAGACAGGGUCUGCACUGCAGCUUGAAAAUGCAGAACUGGUGACAGAAGGCAGUUCCUAGUUGGGUGGUGGCUCACACCUUUAAUCCCAGCCUUGGGACACAGAAGCAGGCAGAUCUCUGUGAGUCCAAGGCCAGCCUGGUCUACAGAGCAAGUUCCAGGACAGUCAGGCUACACAGAGAAACCCUGCCUCGAAAGCCACCACCACCACCACCACCACCAGAAAGCAGAUCCUGCUUGUGCUAGCAAGUAUUUAAGGAGUGAGUGAAGAUGGGGUCAAAGUCACUUUUAAUGGUGUGAAUUCCGGUGUCACUCUGGGGCUCUGUGAAUCAGGUUGUAAUUCUUGUUUUAAAUGCUAACUAACAUCAGUUGCUACUCACAUUCUCUAUAAAGAUAUAAAAAUAUAUUUUAAAAACUUUAUGUAUCAUAGCUAUAGGUUUUUAAAGCGGGGAAAUGCCCAAAUAAAGUGUUAAAUUACAAUAUAUAAUAGAUGCUUUCAAAUUAAGGUUUUUGUAAGUUAUAAUAAUCUAAAUAGCCCACUAAUCUGAUCUUUGUAAUUUGUCUCAUGAUUCUGGUUACUUUUAAGGUGUUUUUUAAGUUUUUGAAAUAUACCUAAGUUGUAAAAUAUCCUGUGUUGUUUAGAUCUCUGUUGCAUAAAUGCUGUUCUUGUGUCUGUAUUCUUAGACCUUAAGAGUUCAGCUGAGAAUACAGGGUGUAAUUUUUGUGUAUGAUUCCCACAUUGAUGGAAUUGACUGCCAAUAACCUCAUUCAGAGAUGGGUCUUGGUUUGUACAGUAGGGGAUUAAAAAUCAAAAUUCAGAAAUUGUUGGAAAGUGCAGGGAUUAUGCUAGAAAUGAGGGUUGUACAUUACAGACAGCCAUGCACAGGGAGGCAGGGGAGGGAGGCUGCUGACUUCAAGCCUCUUGAAUUUGGUGAGAAUGCUUUGCGAAUGGCACUUAAAAUUUGUUUCACAAAGGCAGGUUGUUGGGAUUAUCUGUUUUUUAAUAUUUUAAGCACAUUUUUAGAAAUCUUGCUUUUGGUUCUGACCAUUGUUCUAAAGUCAAAGUUUUAUAAUUUAAAAAAAAAAAAAAACUCAAAACAUGAUUCAUCAAGGAAAAAAGCAUCACCAAGGGGGAAAGAAAACAUGUUCUAAUCUUAGAGAAAGCAAAUGUUAGGGUUAUAAUAGCUGUGUCUUACAUUGGAUGUUGUAUUAGAGACCUCCUCACAGGAAAUGAUAUAGUUCUAGCACCCUUAGCAUAGAGUUCCUAGCCUGGCGUCCAUAGCUACAGUUUUACAGUGUAUAACCUGAGAAUGAAGUUAAUUUUGCAUUGUAAGAGCACACCAUUAUCUGUGUAAAAAGUGUUCAUUUGCUGUAUUUUUUUAAGAAAAGAGAAAGCACUUUCAUAUUAAGUAGCAUGUGUGUGAACUUUAGACUUCCUCUGUGUGUCUAGUCAGUGAAGUUCAAGGAGCAUCGAUGUCUGCUGGCGACGUUAACUGCUAACGGAAGCACCUUAUCCUCUGCUGCUUACCCUUGCUUGGAUUGCACCUUUGUUACCUGCACACUUUCACAUAGAGUAUUGUAACACGGCUUCGAGUGGGUCUGGGCGGACGGCUAGUGGUGGGCCUACAGGAUCUUUUAUUUAUGUUGUUUAUAUUACAAUAAUAUAUUGUAGACCAGUUGUAACUUCAGUUCUUUACAAAUAAAAGCCUGACUGGUUAUUGAAUUUUUAUUUCUUUAAGCUUUUGAGAGACAGGGAAAGCUAAUAAAGACCUUAAUGGA